AUGCCAGCCGCAGCUGCUUAUUCUUUAUUAAAUAAAAAAGAGGAUGCCCACGAUGAUCCAAUUUACUGCUGUUCGUGGGCAAAUGUCAAAAGUGGAGAGAACGGACCAACGAAGGACUAUAUUGUAACUGGUGGGUUGGACACACUGAUAAAAGUUUGGAAACUGGACAAUAACAGAUUAGAGUUAGUUCAUACUUUACAAGGACAUUGUAUGGCCGUUGUAUCACUUGCAGUGAGUCCCGAUGGACAUACAAUAGCAUCAGCAUCUUUAGAUUCUAUGUUAAUUAUUUGGGAGUUACUCAGCGGUAAUAAAGUGCAUGAAAUUCAGACUGGUUCAAUAGAUGUAUGGAAAAUAGCAUUUUCUCCUGAUGGCAGUAAGAUUGUGUCGGGGAGUCAUACUGGAAAGGUUACAAUAUAUGAUAUAGUCAAUAAUAGUAUUGAUAAGAUCUUGGAUACAAGAGGAAAAUUUGCUUUGUCUGUUGAUUGGAGUCCAAAUGGUAAGCACAUAGCCACAGGAUCUGUUGAUGGAGUCGUUUAUAUAUUUGAUGUUGUCCAGUGUAAGUUGGUCCACACUAUCGAAGCUCACACACAGACCAUUAGAAGUGUGAAAUUUUCACCGAAUUCAAAUUCUAUAGUGACAGCCUCAAAUGACGGGUCUCUCAAGAUAUUUGAUGUGUUAAUAGAGCUGUUGGUCGACCAGUUGGACGAUCAGUUGGACGAUCAGUUGGACGACCAGUUGGACGAUCAGUUGGUCGAUCAGUUGGUCGACCAGUUGGACGAUCAGUUGGACGAUCAGUUGGUCGACCAGUUGGACGAUCAGUUGGUCGACCAGUUGGACGAUCAGUUGGUCGAUCAGUUGGUCGACCAGUUGGACGAUCAGUUGGACGAUCAGUUGGUCGACCAGUUGGACGAUCAGUUGGUCGACCAGUUGGACGAUCAGUUGAUAGAUCAGUUGGUCGAUCAGUUCGACGAUCAGUUGGACGAUCAGUUGGUCGAUCAGUUGGACGAUCAGUUGGACGAUCAGUUGGACGACCAGUUGGUCGAUCAGUUGGUCGAUCAGUUGGUCGAUCAGUUGGUCGACCAGUUGGACGAUCAGUUGGUCGACCAGUUGGACGAUCAGUUGGAUGAUCAGUUGGACGAUAUAAAUACAAAUAACGGAACUUAUAUAUGUGCUAGCGGCAAUCUCGUGAGUUCGCUCAGUCUAAGUUCCUGGGUAGUAAGCGCUUGCUUCUCACCAGAUGGCACUAGGGUGGUAGCGGCUGAUGAUAGUGUUACCAUCGCGACCACAAACAUGAAACAAUUAAAGACCUUCCAAGAACACACUGAUAUAGUGUGGGAUCUCGCUUUCAAACCGGACGGCAAAAAGCUACUUUCGGUGGGAAAAGACAAAACUAUAAAUAUAUAUGAAACUCCAAUACCGAAGCAACAAAAUACGUAA